AUGGAGUCCAGACCCCCAGCGGCGGCAGAGCCGUCGAACAAACGGCCCAGGUCGCCGUCCGGCGACUACUAUCCGAUUGCUUCCAAAGUACCUAAGAGCCAUUCGAACCAUCUCCAGAUUAACUACCUCGCUCGUCAGUACCCGGACAAUCUGCCUCUAGUCUCUCUCGAUGAUACUAUGCCAGCUAUUUUACACCUAGUCGGCGAAUAUGACGGCGUGCUUCAUCGCCACGAAAGUAUCGCAGGUAACCUCGGCGCAUGUCCUCUGGGACCCAUCUUGAUCAAGCGUUUCGAGCGCCUGUUUGACGGCCCUCCUCGUGUGCUCAAGUCGCACGGUAAAGAACCCCCUAACAUCACCUGGUUGGAUGUCGUCGAAUUUGCCAAGAGCAAGCCGGAACAGUUCAAUCUGGAGAAGUCGCGCAAUGGAGUGCGCGUCUGCCAGUUCUAUACCAAGCAGUGUCGAGUUGAGAUCAGCGAGGAAGAUUAUGUGCUUAUUGCAUCCGGGAUGCCACAGAAGAUGAUCCCGCCGCAGCCGAUCAUCGAGGACGAGGAGAAAGAAUUGGGUGCGCUGGAGAUCUUGGAGAAGAAUUUGCAGCAGAUUAUUCAAGUUGCCGAUCAAGUAUCGGCUCGAGCUAGACAGCUCAAUCAUCGUUUGAAAAAUCGCAGAACGGCUAUUGUCACGCGCCGGGAAAAUGACGUCUCUCUCCAGGCCCAUCACCCGCCCCAACCCCAUCAACUACCACAAUCACAGCAGCCUCGUUCGCUCAGUCCGAUUUGGCGCGAGGCGACUGGCGCGGUUCCAAACCCGCUCAAUGGCAAUCCUCCAUCCAACGCUCACUCUCCCUCCACUGGAUUUGUCGCAGUGAAUACCGCCCGUAUGAAUCCCGGAGAACCUCCCGUGGAGGAAAACGCGCUGUCGUCGCAGUUUAUGUUCUCCCACUCAAACACGGACAAUGUUACCAUCAUCAAUGGAACGUCCAUCAAAGGCGCAUCUCCUACGACACGUGCCGAGCUAAUGAAAAAGUUCUUCACUACGCAAGAUCGGCAAGCGCGCAGCUACGAAGAGUCAACUGGAUCAGCUAACCGGCAGUCGUCGCGGCCGCGGCCGAGAGUGUCGGACGCUGGGGAGUACAAUAUGUACACCUCCGCACCUGCUACCGUCGCGAUCCCCAGUACGCCGUCGUCAUUACUGCCUCCGCCCAAGGCCAACCAUAUGGAGAAGGACGAUGGCGGUCCAUUCAAGUUGGAAAUGGUUGCCCGCAUGGAGGAGUUACAACGGGGAGAGCGUAUUCUCCCACCCUGCGAUCGCUGCCGUCGGCUUCACAUGGAUUGUUUGAAGAAUUUGACCGCAUGCAUGGGCUGCACGAAAAAGCAUGCCAAGUGUUCCUGGAAGGAUGUCAAGGAGGAUGAAUUGCGCGAGGCGCGGUCGGACGGCGCAACUCGUGAGCUCGGAGACAGCGCUCAGUCGAAAGACUCUCCGGCUGCCCACACUCCCGCCUCGGCUCCAACCCCUGGUGCCGUGUCAAUGAACACCACGUCUGCUGCACCGACCCCAGCGUCUGUGGCUCACGCUCCAGAGCACGAUCGGUCACGAGAGGAAGGCGGCGUGGCCUACAACAGUCGGAGAGAUUCCGCACCCACGGGGGGACCCGCGCCGGGGACCCCAUCGCUCAAGGAUACCGCUCCCCGACGUGCAAUGAGUGAGAUCCAUGGUAGCGCGGUGGGAAAUCACGACAGACGCGUCAGCAUCAAUCGCAACAACGAUCCAGUGCCUGAUGACGACGAUCCGGACGCCAACUCCCGGCUCAUGCAAGCGAUCAUGGACACGGUGGACCAUCAUGCGCGAGUGGCCGCUGCGGUCAAGGAAAAUGGUCAUGAGCAGAUGAACGGUGAUCGAGAACGAGAACGCAAGCUAGUGAGAGCUUAA